CCCGCGCGCCUCGCUCUUGGCCCCACCCAGCCACCGUUGCUCUGUAGAACGCCGCUCCCGUGACCCGGAAGAGGAUUCUCCUUAGCAACCGCGGGACCGCGGCGGCGCCAGCCCCUCGGGAGCAACGCUAGUGACAACUGAGCUGCUCAAGACAGGCAGAACUCUGAGCUAAGCAGUGGAGGCUUCCCUGGAUCUGGAGAGAAGAGGCGACUUUGGAACCAAUAAUGAGCCAUUCUGACUACAGGCCGAACCUCCGGCCCCUGGGGCCCCCCAGAGGUGUGUCUUCUGUGGUUGGCUCACAUGGCAUUGGUGCCUCACCAGGUGACAAAAAGUCAAAGAACAAGUCCACGCGAGGGAAGAAAAAGAGCAUAUUUGAAACCUACAUGUCCAAGGAGGAUGUUUCAGAAGGCUUGAAGAAAGGAACACUUAUCCAGGGUGCAUUGAGAAUUAAUCCAAAGAAGUUUCAUGAAGCCUUCAUUCCUUCCCCGGAUGGUGAUCGAGACAUUUUUAUUGAUGGGGUUGUUGCUCGUAAUAGAGCCUUAAAUGGGGAUCUGGUUGUCGUGAAACUACUUCCCGAGGAGCAGUGGAAGGUAAUUAAACCAGAGAGCAAUGACAAAGAAACAGAAGCUGCCUAUGAAUCAGAUCUCCCUGAGGAGCUCUGUGGACACCAUCUCCCUCAGCAGUCCCUGAAAAGCUAUCAUGACAGUCCUGAUGUCAUUAUAGAGGCUCAAUUUGAUGAUAGUGACUUAGAAGAUGGACAUGGCAAUACACAGAAUUUGCUGGUUGAUGGUGUAAAGAAGCUCUCAGUUGGUGUUCACGAAAAAGGAAAAGAGGAUGCUGGUGCACCAGUUAAAAAAGAUGAGAGCACCUCCAUGUCACAAGACAUAAGAGCUUUACCAGAGAAGUCCCUGCAAAGAUCAGCAAAGGUGGUUUACAUCUUGGAGAAAAAACAUUCUCGAGCAGCAACUGGCUUCCUCAAACUCUUGACUGAUAAGAACAGCGAACUGUUUAGGAAAUAUGCCCUGUUUUCUCCCUCAGACCACCGAGUGCCUAGAAUUUAUGUGCCUCUCAAGGACUGUCCCCAGGACUUUGUGACACGGCCUAAAGAUUAUGCCAAUACACUGUUCAUCUGCCGCAUCGUGGACUGGAAGGAGGACAGCAAUUUUGCCCUGGGGCAGCUGGCUAAGAGUCUUGGGCAAGCUGGCAAAAUUGAGCCUGAAACAGAAGGAAUACUAACAGAGUAUGGUGUGGAUUUCUCUGAUUUUUCUUCAGAAGUUCUAGAAUGUCUCCCUCAAGGCCUGCCAUGGACAAUUCCACCAUACGAGUUCAGCAAGAGAAAGGAUUUAAGAAAAGACUGUGUCUUCACCAUUGACCCAUCAACCGCCCGAGACCUGGAUGAUGCCCUCUCCUGCAAGCCACUUACUGAUGGCAACUUUGAAGUGGGAGUUCACAUCGCUGACGUGAGUUACUUCAUUCCUGAGGGAUCUGAUCUGGACAGAGUGGCUGCUGCGAGAGCCACAAGCGUCUACUUGGUUCAGAAGGUGGUCCCCAUGCUUCCCAGGCUGCUGUGUGAGGAGCUGUGCAGCCUCAACCCCAUGACUGACAAGCUGACCUUCUCUGUGAUCUGGACGCUGACUCCAGAAGGCAAGAUCCUUAGUGAAUGGUUUGGCCGGACCAUCAUCCGCUCCUGCACCAAACUGAGCUAUGAGCACGCACAGAGCAUGAUUGAAAGCCCAACUGAGAAGAUCCCUGGGAAGGAGCUGCCCCCCGUUUCACCAGAGCACGACAGUGAGGAGGUACACCAGGCUGUCUUGAAUCUCCACGGAAUUGCACAGCAGUUACGUCAACAGCGCUUUGUAGACGGUGCACUUCGUUUGGACCAGCUAAAGCUUGCUUUUACUCUGGACCAUGAGACUGGAUUGCCUCAAGGAUGUCAUAUCUAUGAGUACCGCGACAGUAACAAGCUCGUGGAGGAGUUCAUGCUCUUGGCCAACAUGGCAGUGGCCCACAAGAUUUACCGCGCCUUCCCCGAGCAGGCCCUGCUACGCCGGCACCCCCCACCCCAGACGAAGAUGCUCAGUGACCUGGUGGAAUUCUGCGACCAGAUGGGGCUGUCCAUGGACUUCAGCUCCGCAGGAGCCCUCAAUAAAAGUCUGACCCAAACAUUUGGAGGUGACAAGUACUCACUGGCCCGGAAGGAGGUGCUCACCAACAUGUGCUCCCGGCCCAUGCAGAUGGCGCACUACUUCUGCUCAGGGCUGCUGCAGGACCGGGCGCAGUUCCGGCACUACGCCCUCAACGUGCCGCUGUACACGCACUUCACCUCUCCCAUCCGCCGCUUCGCCGACGUCCUGGUGCACCGGCUCCUGGCUGCCGCUCUAGGCUACAGAGAGAGGCUGGAUGUGGAGCCCGAUGCGCUGCAGAAGCAGGCCGACCACUGCAACGACCGCCGCAUGGUGUCCAAGCGCGUGCAGGAGCUCAGCACUGGCCUCUUCUUUGCCGUCCUUGUCAAGGAGUGUGGCCCCCUGGAGUCGGAAGCCAUGGUGAUGGGUGUCCUGAACCAAGCCUUCGACGUGCUGGUGCUGCGCUACGGGGUGCAGAAGCGCAUCUACUGCAACGCCCUGGCCCUGCGCUCCCACCACUUCCAGAAGGUGGGCAAGAAGCCGGAGCUGACGCUUGUCUGGGAGCCUGAGGACAGCGAGCAGGAGCCGGCGAAGCAGGUCAUCACCAUCUUCAGCCUGGUGGAGGUGGUCCUGCAGGCGGAGGCCACGGCCCUCAAGUACAGCGCUGUCCUGAAGCGGCCAGGCACCAACAGCCUCCUGGGCCAGGAGGAAGCGACGGCAGCGGCGUCUGCCGAGGAGCCAGACGACUGAGGCCCAGGCGCCUGCCCCACCCUGCUGGCUUUUAGGAAUAGGACCUGUUGACACCAAAGGGGAUUUUUAAUUUGGCUUUUAUCAACUCAGGGGCUUGUUUUUAUUUUUAUUUUUGCAUUGCAUUUUAUUUUUGCAGCUCAGUUUUUAACCGAACUGCAGGGGAGGGAGUUGGAGCUGGACAGAAGGCCGAGGCCUGGCCAGCGCUGACCCAAGCAGAGAGGGCCCCAGUUCCCCUGGUGGCCAGGCCCCCCUCCUGCCUGGUACCCACUGCCAU